AUGAGGGGUUUUCGUUGCUCUUUGCUUGUGACGACAUUAGCAUUGGGGGCAAUGAUCACUGUGCUGGCCAAAUACUAUGGACUACCGAAACCCCAAGGAAUAACACCCAGCACCACCGUACCCUUUGAGCUCGAAUUUUUCCGCGUAUGUUUAAUGGUGCCAAUCGCGAUGUAUAUGUAUCAGCCAACUGAGCUGACGCAAGCCGUAGCCUUUAGGAGUGUGAAUUACCAGAGCAUGUUUGUUGCCUGGUUUGCAGACCCUGAUCUGAUUAGUCCCCUCGUCUCCAUUGGUGCAGCUGCGACAAUCGUUGCUCGCAUGGUUGGUACAUUUUUUCGAUAUAGUGUUACAGUCUACAACGCAAAGGAUAUAUACAACAGCCUUGCUGUAUAUCCAUCCUCUCUAGCCGGAUAUGGUGGUGUAUCUGGACCUUUCUUUCAGUUUCCUCUUGUGAUAUCUCUUCGCUUUCACGUAACCACAUAUGCAAUUACCUUUUCAAGGCAUCAUAAUGCUGCCUGGCAUGAAGAGUGUAGGAUAUGCUGGUCUCCUGCCUUCGGGGGAAAACAAUUCUCUAUUCUCUUACCUGAAUCGAAUAUCUCAAAGGGCCGUAUUAAAUUAAUCAAGGGCUUGUUCAGCCUCUCUUACGAGAUCGAAUUUUUGGAAAUCGACCCUUUCAGAAGCGAUGAUACAAUAUUCCUCCUAUGCCGUAUCUCACUAGGCGGCUGCACCGACAUAGGAUGCAUCGCUUGUAACAGCACAAUUAAUGCUAGGAUAUGCAAACUGUACACUGUAUCCUCUGUAGCUGUUCACGAAACUAUAAAGGCGGAUAAAUGA